AUGUCUGAACCGAAAGCUCCACAGGUCAUUGCGGUGAAUAGCGCAGGAAGCCGGUUAGAUGCAAGAACACAUGAGGUAGAGUUGAACGCUGUUCUCUCUCAAGAUAUUGCCUUGGAUGAUAUUGCAACUGGUUUAUCCACUGAUCAGAAGAACUCUAUCUUGAAGAGAUUGAAUCUCGAUGUCUUGGAGAGUCUCGACUCGUUGCCUCCCUCUGCACUCUUCAUGUUGGAGAAAAUUGCAGCCAUUGAAAUCGAUGAGGCUCUCACUAUUUUGAAGGAAUAUUUGGUGGACCACGGAGACGAUGUUAAUAUUCCUACCGAAGAUUACGAUUUCAUUCAACAAUUGGUUGAUGCUGAGGGAACUCCGCUUGCCUCCAAGAAACUCAACUCGGAUGCCAGCUCCUCCGAGAAGAACCUGGUCACUGCUUAUGACUUGCCUGUCGGAGAAGACUUGGAAACUUCCGAGUUCCAGAUUUUUGAUUGGCCCUUGCAAGUCAAGACUGAAGCAGCUUUGAUUGCCUAUCACUCGCCUUAUCCGGAAGUUAGAUCUGUCACUGAUCCUUUCGAUGAUCCUUCUCUUCCUGUUGAAACUUUUAGAGUUUAUUUUCUUGGCCUCAUUUGGACGGCGAUUGGUUCUUUCAUUAACCAGUUUUUUGCGGAGAGACAGCCUGGUAUCUCUUUGAGUGCCGCGGUUGUUCAGCUUUUGCUCUAUCCAUCAGGUAUUGCUUGUGCAUAUAUUCUCCCCAAGUGGAAGUUCAAAGUGUGGAGAUACACCAUUGAUUUGAACCCAGGCCCCUGGACUCAUAAGGAGCAAAUGUUGGCUACAAUCUUCUUUUCUGUUUCUGCUGGUCAUCCAUAUGUUUCCUAUAACAUCCAUGUCCAAAAGCUCGAGAGAUAUUACAAUAACCAAUGGGCUAAUUGGGGAUAUCAGAUUUUGUUGAUUCUUGCAACUAAUUUUAUGGGUUUCGGUUUUGCUGGUAUCAUGAGAAAAUUUGCUGUUUAUCCUAUCAGAUCGAUCUGGCCUACAAUCUUGCCUACUCUUGCUUUAAACAAGGCAUUGAUGCAAACUGAAAAGAAGACAAGUAUCAACGGAUGGACAAUUUCGAGAUACAACUUCUUUUUCGUUGCAUUUACUGGCUCCUUCAUCUACUUUUGGUUUCCUAACUACUUGUUCCAGGCGUUAUCUUACUUCAACUGGAUGACCUGGAUUGCUCCUCAAAACUUCACCUUGUCGUUGGUCACUGGAAGUUUGUAUGGAUUGGGAAUGAAUCCUAUUCCAACCUUCGACUGGAAUGUUAUCAACUUCAACUACGCCUUGACAAUUCCCUUCUUCUCUCAGUUGAACCAAUACAUUGGUUCCCUUAUUGCCUUCUUCACUAUUCUUGGUGUCUACUACACUAACUACUACUGGAGUGGAUAUCUCCCAAUCAAUACGUCUUCUUUGUUCAGUAACACUGGUGAGUAUUACUCUGUGAAAGCAAUUGUGAAUGAUAGAAGUUUAUUCGACAAGGCAAAGUAUGAACAAGUUGGACCCCCAUUCUAUUCGGCAGCCAACUUGGUCGUUUAUGGUGCUUUCUUUGCCUUGUACCCAUUUUCAUUUAUUUAUGAGACUGUUACCAACUACAAGCCAAUGUGGCAUGCCUUAAAGAACCUUGGAAGCUCGUUCAAGAACUUUAGAAAGUCAACGUUCGAUGGUUUCGAUGACCCACAAACGGUUAUGAUGAAGAGAUAUAAGGAAGUGGCAGACUGGGUCUUCUUGGUUGUGUUGGUAUUCUCUCUCGUCUUUGCCAUUAUUUGUGUGAAAGUUUAUCCUGCUGAAACUCCAGUUUGGGGUAUUUUCUUCGCCCUCGCUAUGAACUUCAUUUUCUUGAUCCCACUUACUGCUGUGUACUCCGUUACUGGAUUUUCUUUUGGUCUUAACGUCUUGGUUGAGUUGAUUGUUGGUUACGCUUUGCCUGGUAACGGUCUCGCUUUGAACUUCAUCAAGGCCUUGGGUUACAAUGUGAAUGGCCAGGCCCAGACCUAUAUUUCGGACCAAAAAAUGGCUCACUAUUUGAAGAUUCCACCAAGAGCUGUGUUCAGAGUUCAGAUGCUCUCUGUAUUCAUUUCUUCAUUCAUUAGUUUGGCUGUCAUGAACUUCAUGUUCACGAAUGUCGACAACUACUGUAUGCCAGGUAACAAGCAAAAGUUCACUUGUCCGCUGUCCAAUGUGUUCUACUCUGCAUCUGUGUUGUGGGGUGUUAUUGGUCCUAAGAAGGUGUUUGGCGGACUUUAUCCUGUUAUGGAGUACUGCUUUUUGAUUGGGGCUUUGCUUGCCAUUCCUUGUAUCUUGUACAAGAAGUACAUGCCAAGACGUUACACCAAGUACUUCCAGCCAACCUUGGUCAUCGGAGGAAUGUUGGUUUUUGCUCCUUACAACUUGACUUACUACACUGGUGGCCUCUACGCUUCUUUCGCUUUUAUGCUUUAUAUCAAGAAGAAGUACACUACUUGGUGGGAGAAGUACAACUACGUCUUGUCAGGAGCUUUGGAUGCUGGUGUUGCAUUCUCCAGUAUUAUUAUUUUCUUCGCCGUGCAAUACAAUGACAAGUCUAUCUCCUGGUGGGGUAAUAACGUUCCGUUCUUGGGUGUUGAAGGUGGCGAGGGUCAACAAGCUAGAUUGAACGUCACGGAGCUGGCCCCAGAGGGUUAUUUUGGUCCAAGAUUUGGCCACUUCCCUUAG